AUGGCAACUUCUAUCACUCACCAACCGUCACGAUUAGGAGACGUAGAUGGAAAUGCUACAGGCAGAGUCAGCUGUCAUCCGUUGAUGACACUGCCUCUAGAGCUGCGCCUCCUUAUUUGGGAACGGUUCGGCGCCGAGUCUCGAGUGUUUGAAUACAAAGAAGAUACGGGCCUCGUUAGGCUGGCCCUUGAGUACCGUCAUCCGCGACAUGUUGGCCUAAGCAUAUGCUCCGAGUCACGGAAAGCAAUCCAGGGUCUCCUCAAACCCUUCGAACACAAUCACGAACUCGACAAGCGAAGCAGGAUCCCCCCUCCACUAAAAUACAUCCCCUCUAUCGACAUUUUCUACCUGCCACCACUGGUGUACCGUAGCCGCAUCCAGGCAUGGGACACCAUUUGGACGACCAAACCUGGAAUUCUGAACGUCGGGGUGCACUGGUCUGUGCUCAGUGACGAGAGGCGCAUCAAAGAGGCGCUCAAAGCACUCCGGCGGUGUUUUACGGACAUGCGCACGCUCUCGGUGUUUGUUGACUUCAAAGCACUACCAGAGCCAGAGGAGAACGUAUGUAAGGGGGGUAUUGUGAGGAUCAUUGGGCCGGUGGAAAAUGACUUCCGACUGCCGUCCUUGUUUGCGGAGGCGCAUGGGUUUCUAGAUGACUAUUGGACUUGGGGGGAGUUGUCGGGUGCAAUUGAAGAAGUUAGGAAGCGUAUGAAGGAGACAGCAGAUGUGGAAGGGUUGCUCUAUUGUAGGGAGAUGGAAGAUGGGCCUGACUUUUGA